UGGUUGGAUAAGAAUGUCGCUGCUUGACUACUACCUGAGCGGGAAGAGACGGCGCGGGGGAAACGUAGGGAAAAGCUAUGAGACAUAUCAUCUAGAAACGACUUGGAGAGAAUGCAAUGCGUAUUGCUUGCUUGCUCUUAACAAUCUGCGCCAUUGGGAUACAAGAUUCAAGUACGCUUGCAAAAUUUAGGUAUUGCACUUUCAGCCUCCUCUGCCAGGGACCCAAAUCAUCCGGCAGGUGGGGAAGCCCACCACGGCCAGGGGACCCAGCGGCCCGGCCCAGAUGCACGAACAAGCUCCGCUUCAAGUAUAACGGGCUCAAGUUGGUCUUAUAAACGUAUCAGGACUUGACGUAGCCAUCUCUCCUCGUACACAGUAUCGGUAUAUAGACACGUAUAUGUAUAUUCACACCAAUCUUCCAUAUCCAAAACACAAGACAAGCGGAGG